CAUCGGGACGCUUCAGUCUCGCUUGGACGUCGACACAGGACGCACCGCGACGCUCAUACUCCGCUUAAAUUCGCUCAUUCAUAUCGAUCGAACUCUCUCUGUUGUGUCUGUGUUGUGAUCAUACAUCGUUCUCUCAAUAAAAUUGUAUCACUGUCGCCGCGUCCACCAUACAUCGAUUCAGUGUCUCAUUUAAACAUUCUUUUUCAUAAAUAAAGCCUUACUUUCAAUUCGAAAUGGUCAAUUACGUUCUUUCUUUCUGUAAAAUUACCGGGGCCAGUAAGAUAUUUACGCGAAAUUUCUACCUGCCCCUGCUAAAACCUCUGACACCCAGGGAAGCUUUACGCACGCUUCGUAUCACCGGGAAAUGGUUGCUGGGAUCAAAGUACCAGCAUUACAUCCCUGUGCUGCUCAAUCAUCGACAGAAACGUUCGAAAAGAUCGAAAAACUACGGUAAACGAGAACACAAAGCGAUGGAUGAUUUUACCUACAUGACACCGAACAUUGACGGUGAAAGCGACGCUCAAAAAAGACUCCAAUCGAUCUUGGACAGCAAGAAAGCUCCCGGGGGAACAUACGUUUAUACCGUCGAGGAUAAAAAGUACAAUAUCGUGGUCCAAUCAGCCUUCGAGCAAGCAUUACGCGACGGCGACAUCAUUGACGUCUUAGUAUCACAGAAAAACGACAAAAUUCUAGUUAAACUUAAAGAUUUCAAGAAAGUACCCCUAGAAUUACAGUACUUCGAACAAAACGGCGAACCGCUUCACUGUGGCGAAGGUGCUACAUCAGCUGACGAGGAAAAGUUCCACCAUCACGGAAAAUACACCAUGAGCUUGGCGAAACUGUUCGAAGACAAAGAGACCGAGGAUGAGAAAUGGGAGGAGGAACUGAAACGUAUUAUGAAACGCCGUAAGAAGCAUAAGUGGGAAGGCACCAAAGCUUUCAAGGAAAUGAUGAAGCAAAUAAUGCGAAAGUUUGAUUGGGACCAAUUCGAGCAAGACGCUAAGAAAGUAAUCGACGACAUUGAAGCUCCAGCGACUGAAUCUCUGAUUCCUAUGGAGGUACACGACUUAGAAGCGACCAAAAACGUUAAUAAGGCUUUGGAACAACAACCCCAUCUCUUGCCUACUCUUAAAGACAUCCCAGAAAUCGUUAGAGGUCUUGGAGACGCUACGAUGACUGAGCUUGAGACUGAUGGAGUGGAUGGAAAGGUUACUGGAGCUAAAGUUACCUUACCGUCAGGGAAAGAGUGCUUUGUUAGUGGCCAAAUAGUCCAUACCGAAGAAGGUGACGUUUUUGUACCUGGCCAAACAAUUGAAAGUGAAUUUGGACCCGAAUACGCUCCAGGUAUAACCAUCAACAUCGAUGAUAAACCCACUUUAGUUAACGGUCUUAUAAUGGGAGACCAAGAGAAAGAUCCUUUAUUUUUACCCACUCAAUCCACGAUCACUUCUUCGGGUCAGUUAACUUUUGCGACAGCUCCGGAAGAGCGUCCAGAACCUGAACCAGAAGAACAAAGGCAAAAACGCCGUAGAAAACUCCUGAGGAUCAUUAGUGUGGUUCCCGAAGAAGACUCCAACAUUAAGGACGAGAGUCUUAAGGAAGUUAUUGCUGAUAUAAUCAAGGAAAGUGGAGCUCAUGACAUGGAGGACGUGGAAAUUAUCGUGCAAAACGAACCAAAUUUGCUUGAAGACGAAGAUUCCGAUGACAUUUCCACCGACGAAUCUUCAGAUAACACAGAAUUAGCUAAAGAAUUUGAGAACCUCGACAUCGAGGCAAUCAGAUUGAAACAUGAAGAGCAAAGAAAAGAAAUGGAACAGCUUAAACUGAUUUUACUCGACGAUGGUAUGAACGACUUAGUAAAUUCCUUAGAAGAAAAACAACGUCUACUCAAGAAGAAGCUAGAAGAGCUCCGUAAAAUUAGCAUAUCUAACGAACUAAACUUGGUGACGUACGUAAACGACGAAGACGCUAUAGAACAAGCGAGAAAUAUAACUUCAACUUCAGAACUACAAGUUAAAAACUUAGCCGAAGCUUUGAUAGCUCUGACUCGAAGAACGGCAGCUUUUCGUGAUCGUAACAACAUCAGGGUCGAAAAUAUUAACAUGGAUGUUAACAUCAAACCCACAGACAAAGAUAUCAAAUUCAACAAGUGUUCUGAGAAGCUUAAAAUCCUUUUUAAGUCUGCCCUAGUCGCUGCUAACGAUGUCUAUAAAAAUAGACCUAAAGAUCAAGUUCUGGCCUUGCAUUCUAUAGUAGAUAUGGUUGGAGAAACCCUCAAGAACAAUCCUCAACUAGUAGAAGAGUUAAAUAAGCUUCUAAACAGCCCGACAGAUCGCUUAGAAGUAUGCGAUGCUGUUCUGAAGCAACUAACUCAAGAUAUAUCCCAUACGAAAGUAGCUAUGCUCAAAAACCUCACUUCUAACAACUUAACCUUACCAGAUUGUUUGAAAUAUCUUGAUAAAAUAAUAGAAGACGGUACUGUGAUGAACACCUCCUUCGCUAAAUUGCUCAAACUAUGCCCAGAAAUAAUUUCAGAUCUCACAGCCAACGUUCGGCUCAGAACGAAGAGCGCUACUUCGGAGGAAGCUGCUUUGGAAGCUGUCCAAGACAGUAUAGUUGCUACGGUUCGUAGCUUGAUGGAGAGCAAUUUUGAAGAACUUCUCGGUAAAAAAGAGAGUACCGUUUUAGAGUUUGUUAGUGAAGCUCUGAGUUUUGCUAAAGCUCUGGAAUUAGAUGAAGUGGUCGAAAAUUUAUCCAAACCAAAAACCGCAAUAAAUUCUUUGGAGGAGUCUUCCGUAGAGAUGUUAAAAAGAAUGACCAUCAUCAGGCAGCUAGCCGAAAAAGAUUACUCCUUGAAAACGGCUAUAAGUAGAAUCAAAAAGAACCCUGAAUGCGCUAAAUCCGAUCCUAGGAUCAGACAACUAAUCAGAGAAAGUGCCAUUCUUGUUUCGGAGAUGUAUCCUGUAAAAACUUCGAGAGAUAUACCUUUAGAGUUGCUCAAAAGGCAGAAUCUAUUGGCCAUAGAGGAUUAUCUCAUGCGUAGAAUGAGACUGGACGUGCCAGUUUUAGUUACCAGGGGUCAGUUACAGGCUGUGAUUCCCAAAGAAGCUGCUAGAGGUGUGCUGGCGGGUAGGGUGCCUUAUAUUCUUAUAGACGAGUCGGGUGUGAACAAUUUCAAACCAAUGCACAUGCUUUCAAACGUGGCGGGUUUAAAUAAAAACAGAGAGAAACGCAUUGAGAAUUACUUGAGCGGUGUGAGAGAACGGUCGAGGUCAAUCGACUUAGACAACGGGAAAGAAGAUUCCAAAACCUAUCUCCAAGCGAAGAGCAAUGGUCCCGAUGGGCAGUACAUGGGUAGUAGCAGAGGCCGGGCCAUGAGUUCUGGUGCCCUUUUAGGGCACCGCUAUUGACAUGCGCGAAGAGGAUUUAGAAGUAGCUCUUAAGGUGGUCAUUGUGGGAAAUGGAGGCGUGGGCAAGUCAAGCAUGAUCCAAAGGUACUGCAAAGGCACUUUUACUAGGGACUAUAAGAAAACUAUUGGCGUGGACUUCUUAGAGCGACAAAUAGAAGUAGACGGUGAAGAGGUAAGACUGAUGCUAUGGGACACUGCAGGACAAGAAGAGUUCGAUGCCAUUACCAAAGCUUACUACAGGGGGGCGCAGGCUUGCGUUCUGGCUUUUUCCACGACAGAUAGAGAUUCGUUUGAGGCAGCCCAUUCGUGGAAAUUAAAAGUGGAAAACGAAUGCGGCGA